UUUGACUCUUAUAAUCUCGCGAGGACACGGUAACGCUUAACACCAAGCGAAUUUGAUGGCAAUGGGAAGAAAUGAGGUCUGAUAAGGACCAAAUGACCGCGGGUAAGGAGAAAAGCAUAUUCGAGAUACAAUUAAAAGACGUCCCAAGAGAGCAAGAAAACAUUCCCGCCAACGCUAAGCCGAAAGAAGAGAAGAAGGAGGUUUUCACCAAGGUGGUGAUUCGAAGACUCCCUCCUAACCUGUCGAAGGAACAACUGGAAGAGCUUCUCAGUCCUCUUCCAUCUUAUGACUACUUUGAGUUUUUCCCAGCAGAUCAAAGUCUCUACCCCCACCUGUUCUCCCGAGCUUAUAUCAACUUUAAAAGCACAGAAGACAUCCUGCUGUUCAGGGAUCGAUUUGAUGGCUAUGUCUUCAUUGACAACAAGGGUCAGGAAUAUCCUGCUGUGGUAGAGUUUGCGCCUUUCCAGAAGAUUUCCAAAAAGAAGCUGAAGAAGAAAGAUGCCAAAGCCGGAAGCAUUGAAGAAGACCCAGAAUACAAGCGGUUUUUGGAAAACUACUCCUGUGAUGAGGAGAAGUCCAUGGCUAAUCCUGAGAUACUUCUUGGGGAGAUAGAAGCUAAGACCAGAGAGCUCAUUGCCAAACGAACAACACCUCUCCUGGAGUACAUCAAAAAUAAGAAAAUCGAAAAACAGAGGAUAAGAGAGGAGAAGAGAGAAGAGAGGAGAAGAAGGGAGCUUGAAAAGAAAAGGCAACGGGAGGAGGAGAAGCGAAAGCGGCGAGAGGAGGAGAGACGCAAGCGAAAAGAGGGAGAGAAGCAGAAGAAACUGUCCGAUAAAGACAUCAAAAUUAAGCUCCUAAAGAAGAGCGACAGAGACGAUGAUGUUGAUUCAGACCGAAUGAAGGAAAAAAGUGAGCCUUGUGAGGCAGGUGUGGGCAAGUGGGAGAAAACGGGAGGACAAAUGAAGUCAAAAGAACCAAAAGAAAACAGAGGUCAGGCUGAGAGCGACAAAGAGCAGAGAGAUCUGCACGGCCGCAGGCAGAGAGAUAAGGACCACCGCGGCAAGGACGAGGAGAGAAAACGGCAACGACACCACUACGAAUUCGAUAAGUUCAUGCGGCGGAAAGACGAGACCAAAUGGGGGAAGGGCUACUGCCAGGACCGAGCCAAGAAAGAGGGCCAUCAUCAUGGCUAUUCUUACUGUCCUGACGGGGCAGACAAAAUGGGAAAGGAGGACAGGGAGGACCUGAGCAACAGAAAGGAACGCCUCCGAAACAAGGUGAGCGAGAAGGACCGUCCUGCCAUGCAGCUCUAUCAGCCCGGCGCGCGCAACAGGAAGCGCAUGAGUUUGGCUAAUAAAGGCUAUGACUGCCUCCCUAUUGGCCAUUCCCCCGAAUGCAGGACGGAGCAUUGUUAUGAGGUUGUUGCCAUGACAGCGGAGAUACAAAGAGGGUUUGAGAAAAGCAAAGACGAGCAGUGAAUACUCUAGGUCUCAAGAGGAAAGUAAUGGGGCAUAACAAUCUGUUUUAAAGGGAAGCUGCUGCCAUUGGUUGACUGAUUUCUUUCUUCCUGUUUAAUGAAAUUGUAUCUGUGGAACUUUCUUCCUACUAUCUGGCUUUCAGGCCUGUCGACUUUUAAGGUACUCUACUCUCGCUCUUUGUGGUAAAGAAGUGUCUCAAUAAAGACAUCCAGGAAAAAAUUACUUUCAAGACGAUGA